CAUUAUGGGGGCGUGUCCUUAUGGGAGUUUGUUGUCGAAGAAGACUCCGUAGAACAGGAAAGAAACAUCCACUAAAGGAAAAUGUCUUCAGUACCUGACGGGAAGAAACUCGUCCGCAGCCCCAGUGGCCUUCGAAUGGUUCCGGAAAACGGAGCUUUUAACAGCCCCUUCUCCCUAGACGAGCCGCAGUGGGUCCCGGAUAAAGAGUGCCCAAGAUGUAUGCAGUGCGACACCAAGUUUGACUUUAUCAAAAGAAAGCAUCACUGCCGGCGGUGCGGCCGCUGUUUCUGUGAUAAAUGCUGCAGUAAGAAGGUGGAGCUGCCGCGCAUGUGCUUCGUCGACCCGGUCCGGCAGUGUGCCGAGUGCAGCCUGGUCUCCCAGAAGGAGGUGGAGUUCUACGACAAGCAGCUCAAAGUGCUGCUGGGAGGAAGCACCUUCAUCGUCACUUUGGGAACGUCGGAGAAGUCUGAAACCAUGACGUGCCGUCUCUCCAACAACCACAGGUACCUGUUCCUCGACGGUGAAAGCCACUUCGAGGUGGAGCUGUCUCGGAUCUCCAGCAUGCAGAUCUUGACAGAUGGGACGAGUCCAGGAGAGGAUGACAUUCACACUUACACCAGUCUGCUGGACAGUCACUGUGUCUCCGAAGGGGGGACGUCGCGGGCCAGCGGCAUGCUGCUUCAUUACAAGCCAAUGGGCUCUCAAGAUGCCCAGCAGCUCCGCAUGGAGGUUACCGAUGACAAGAAGUUGGCCUCAUUCUGGCUGGCUGCGAUGCACAAGGCGGCCAAACUGCUGUAUGAAGCGCGGGACCAGUGAGGAGCUGGACCGAACCUCCAGCCAGCGCACACCCAAGUGUUUUCUGCCCGUCUCAUCGGGUUUGGUAUCGUUUGGAUUUUCUUAACAUCAGCACAGAUUCUGCUUAUCCAUCUGAUUCCUUACCGGUUCUUAAUUCCAGCUCUUGUCACGGUAAUGUUUGCAAGAAAUCUUUCUAUGAGAAACAUGUUAAUUACCUCUAAAAGCAGUACUUUAUACGUAAUGUUUACCACCAGUAGGUCCACCGCGGCUUCUCAACGUUCAUGGUUUUCUUAUCUGGUUUGUUUGAAUCACAAAUCAGGGCAACGUCAAUAACUACAACAUUAAUGUUUCCACAUCAACAUGUAAGGGGAAGAGAGGUUUGUUAAACGGUUAAUUCAUGACCACACAAUAACUUUAUGAGCUGCUCUUUACUUUUAGUUUUUAUUGUGUCGUUGAAGAUUUUAUUUCCUGGUAGAAGUGACGACAGAAUUGCCAAAGGACCUUCAGCAGAUUGCAGAUCUUCCAGACUGAGCACUGUCAGGCCAGUUAAAGGACAGAUCCACCGUACAACCCUCAGAAAUGAAGG